AUGGAGAGGUACAAGUUAAUAAAGGAAGUUGGAGAUGGCACAUUUGGGAGUGUCUGGCGUGCUAUUAAUAAGCAGACUGGUGAAGUUGUUGCAAUUAAAAAGAUGAAGAAAAGAUAUUAUUCAUGGGAGGAGUGUGUAAGUCUACGAGAGGUUAAGUCAUUGCGUAGAAUGAAUCAUCUGAAUAUUGUGAAGCUCAAGGAAGUCAUCAGAGAAAGUGACAUCUUGUACUUUGUGUUUGAAUACAUGGAGUACAACUUGUACCAACUUAUAAAAGAUAAGGAAAAGCUUUUCCCUGAAGCUGACAUCAGAAAUUGGUGUUUUCAAGUUUUUCAAGGCCUUGCUUACAUGCAUCAGCGUGGAUAUUUCCAUCGUGACCUUAAGCCAGAGAACUUGUUGGUUACCAAAGAUGUCAUCAAAAUUGCUGAUUUUGGUCUUGCUCGGGAAAUCGAUUCGCAACCUCCAUAUACGGAAUACGUGUCGACACGGUGGUAUCGAGCACCUGAAGUCCUGCUCCAGUCAUACCUGUAUAGCUCAAAAGUCGAUAUGUGGGCAAUGGGUGCUAUCAUGGCUGAGUUGUUUACUCUCCGCCCUCUAUUUCCAGGUGUUAGCGAAGCAGAUGAGAUAUACAAAAUAUGCAGUGUGAUCGGUAGCCCAACCAAGGAUUCAUGGGCUGAUGGGCUUCAUCUUGCAAGGGAUAUCAACUACCAAUUUCCUCAGUUCGCGGGUGUUCAUCUUUCUACACUGAUUCCAUCAGCAAGUGAGAGCGCAAUCAGCCUUAUGACAUCACUUUGUUCUUGGGACCCAUCCAAGAGGCCAACAGCUGCAGAGGCCCUCCAGCAUCCUUUCUUCCAGAGUUGCUAUUAUGUUCCGCCAUCCCUUCGCUCCAGAUCAACUGUUGCUAGGACACCUCCAUUUGCUGGAGCAAGAGGAGCAUCGGAGCAGCAAUGUGCUAGAAAAUUAUCUGGGACUUUAUCUAACUCAAAGAUUUCUAGCAACUUUCCUUCCCCAAAGCUGCAUGCUUCUAUGGGCACAGGUGUGCAGCGAAAACUGGAUAUGGUUAAUCAGGAUGCGAAAAAGAAUGAUAAAUAUUUGAAGAGCUCUGCUAAGCAACAGAAAUAUAGACCCCCUGGUAAAAGCAGUCCUACGUCUGUGAACAAGGGAAGGAUUACACGUGGAGUUUCAGAUACAUCUGAGAAGCUGGCAAACAUGACAAUUGGUUAUCGCAAGCAGACUGUGGGGCAGCAGAUGCGCCCCCCUCCCAUGAAGGCUGGAGUCCAGUGGAUUGGCGAAUCUGGAAACUUGUAUCUCAGGCCUGUUCAAGAGAUUCAACCUGGCAGAACCUAUUCGAGGAAAGUUGCGGGUUGA